UGCCCAGAGAGAGAGGGAGAGAGAGACACCACCGGAGAGAAAGGUAAAGAUUCGAUCUGAUAAUUUGUGUGCUUCCUUCUCUGCAGAUCUUUGAUUUAUGGCGGAGGCGCUAACUCCAAUGUUUCAUCACACUGCUCAUUUUCCUUGAAGCUCUCAAUCUGCCUCUCCUCAUCGUCCCCUAGUCUCGUAUUUCAUCCCUCUUCUUUUCAUUCCCGUUAGGCUCUUGUUUCAGGAAUACAAAGAAUUUCGAUGUUUUCGUGGGAAUUUGAAUUGCAUCUCACAUAAAUUUGCCCCGAAUUCCCUUCCCCCCCCCCCCCCCCCUUUCUGAAUUCUCCUCUUCUUGUUCGUGGCUGGUGAAAAGUUCACAUCAUGUUGGUUCUAUCUGAAGAAACUCCUCUGCAAUCUAUUGAUUUCUCUGGCUUCCAGUCUGGAGUUUCUUAUUUGCUUUUUCCAGUUGCUAAUUUUCUGGGAAAUCUUAGGUUAUAAGUGGUUUUAGUUUGGGUGGUGCACAAUUUACUCUUUAUUUAUUUUUUCCAGGGUUUGUGUGUCUCCUCUAGUCGAGAGCUGAAGGGUGCCUUGCGGGUUGCCUGAAGAAAGGAGGGAGUCUUCAGGCAGCUAUGGAGGUCAAUAACAGUGGUUGUAUAUGGGACGGUAUAUGUUAUUGUCCACAUCUAUUUGCUGGUAUAAUGCUCACUGCUGCUUUGCUUGGCUUGUCAACCAACUAUUUUGGUGGGAUCAAUGUUCCUAGUUUGCCAUGUAUCCUUUCUGAUCUGCGAAUAUUUCAAAGGAAGAAAUGUGGUAAAAAGCGUAUCCGGGUUUACAUGGAUGGAUGUUUUGAUCUCAUGCAUUAUGGGCAUGCUAAUGCAUUACGCCAGGCAAAGGCUUUGGGGGAUGAAUUAGUGGUUGGAGUUAUUAGCGAUGAGGAGAUUAUAGCCAAUAAGGGACCCCCUGUUUUGUCUAUGGAAGAGAGGUUGGUCCUAGUUAGCGGGUUGAAGUGGGUGGAUGAUGUCAUUACCAAUGCUCCUUAUGCCAUUACUGAGGAAUUUAUGAAUCGCCUCUUCAAUGAAUAUAAGAUUGACUAUAUCAUACACGGUGAUGACCCUUGUUUACUUCCAGAUGGAACUGAUGCUUAUGCCCUGGCAAAAAGAGCUGGGCGUUACAAACAGAUAAAACGCACUGAAGGUGUGUCCAGCACAGAUAUAGUAGGAAGGAUUCUUGCUUCUGUGAAGGACAUGAAAAUUAAAGAAGGAUCAGAUUUGCAUGGAGAACCCAAUAAUAUUAACACUCAGGGAGAGGAGAGCCUUGCCCGGAGUAAUCACAUCUCUCAUUUUUUACCUACUUCUAGACGAAUUGUUCAAUUCUCAAAUGGUGGCAAGGGCCCAGGUCCAGAUGCUCGUGUAGUAUACAUUGAUGGAGCAUUUGAUCUUUUUCAUGCUGGGCAUGUGGAGAUCCUUAAACGUGCCAAGCAACUUGGAGAUUUUCUACUUGUUGGUAUCCAUUGCGACCAGACAGUCAGUGAACAGAGAGGGGCAAGCUAUCCAAUUAUGCAUUUACAUGAGCGUAGUCUUAGUGUACUAGCUUGCCGUUAUGUUGACGAGAUCAUUAUUGGUGCACCUUGGGAAGUUACAAUGGACAUGAUCACAACAUUUAACAUCUCCUUGGUUGUGCAUGGGACAGUUGCUGAGAGUAAUUAUUUCUUAAAGGGUAAGACUGAUCCCUACAAAGUUCCCAAGAACACAGGAAUUUUUCAGAUGCUAGAAAGCCCAAAAGAUAUAACUACGACUUCAGUAGUCCAAAGGAUAAUUGCCAAUCAUGGAAUUUAUAUGAAGCGUAACACCAAGAAAGAAGCUAGCGAGAAGCGAUACUAUGCAGAGAAGAAAUAUGUAUGUGGGGAUUAAGUGCGCGACUUCUAGAGUUAAAGCAAGCAGUAGAUGUACAUUUGUCCUGCUGGCGUAUUUAUUUAGUCAUCCUAGUAGGCUGUUAAAGAUAGGAACUUUUAAAGGACGGAUGGAGGAGAAUGAUGGAAGACAUAGAAGAACAACUGAACAAGGGAAGAGACCAUAGCACAGCGUCAAAUUUCUCACCUUAUUUUUUGUUUUUUGUAUUUUUUGGUAUGUUGUUGUAACCUUCUCUGGCACUCGAAGUAAUACUGUUUCUUAUGCUAAUCUUCCUGUCUUGAUUUGCAGACUGAUAGUAUCAAUUUUUAGCUUGAAUUUUCUAUGUAUUAAUGGAAGUUUUAUCC